AUGACGACGGGUUUUAAAGGUCUCCUCAAAGACAGCGAUGCCCAACAGGUUGUGAAGGCAUAUUCGAAACAACAGAUGACGACAAAAUUGAAGAAGCCGGAACUCAUAUCAAAGCUUAUCCCUGAUUUUGCGCCCGGUACCGACUAUCUCGAAUGUUUGGGAAAAGAUAACGUGACUGUGGUGUAUGGCGAGAUCACCAACAUCACCACGGACUCGUGUAUCACGAGCGAUGGCAAAAAGACUCCAUUGGACGUGUUGAUCUGUGCCACAGGAUUCGACACCACAUUCAAGCCUCGUUUCCCUGUGAUCGGUCGUGGUGGCAAAGAUCUUGCUACAGAAUGGACCGAAGAACCUCGCAGCUAUCUAGGCUUAGCAGCUCAUGGCUACCCAAAUUACUUCAUGUUCCUCGGACCAAAUUGUCCCAUUGGCAAUGGCCCAAUAAUCUUUUCAAUUGAGAUCCAAGGCGAAUACAUGGCUCACAUCAUGAAUCGUUGGCAGAAGGAGGAUAUAUCGUCGUUCGACCCAAAGCUGGAAGCCGUGAAUGACUUCAUGGAACAGAAAGAUCUGUUCAUGCCUACCACCGAUUACGAUGUGACAUUUGCAAGCAAGAACAGGUUUGCACAUCUUGGGAAUGGAAUUUCUCAGACUGAGCUCAAUCCGCAUAUUGACGAAGCGUAUUACAUCCGAGAGUUUGACGAUGGCUCGUCGGUGUGCAGGAAUUUGCAGAGCACGUACAAUGUGAAAAGGUGCGAUGAGUUCAUCAAAGCAACAAAGACUAGUCGGCUAUAG